AUGCCGCUGCUGCAGGGCCCCCGGCCCCUUGUGAGUCCGCAGCAGGGGCCCCCCGUGCAGUCUGUGGGGGCCCCGCAGCAGCAGCCAGCUGCUGCUGCUGCUGCUGCUGCUGCUGCGCGCCCCGCCGAAGCAGCGGGCGGCCUGCCAGCAAACAGGCCACAGCCGUCUCACCCCGCUUGGGAAGUGCCCCCAGCAGCUGCUGCUUUAGUGGAUGAAGUCGUGAAGGUUCCUUCAAUGCUGAGCAA